AUGACCGCCCAAACAAAGGCCAUCUUCGUCUUCGUGCCCGGUGCAUGGCACACCCCAGAUACCUUCGACAUCAUCCGCGCUGUAUUACGGCAGCGAGGGUACGAGUCCGAGGCCGUUGCGAACCAGUCCGUCGGCGCGGCCGAUCCAUCAGUCGGUCUCCAUGCCGACAUCGCCCACACCAGGAGGGUCCUCCGGGGUCUAGCCGACCAGGGACGUCCGAUCGUGGUGGUCGCCCAUUCCUAUGGCGGGAUCGUCGCCGCGGGCGCCGUCGAGGGUCUCGGCUACGCGCCUCGGGCCCGCGCAGGUCAACCCGGGGGCGUGAUCCAGGUGGUAUGGAUGGCGGCCUUCGUCGCGCCUGAGGGCAAGUCCCUCUUCGAGAUGCUGGGUGGGAAGUGGGAGCCUUGGAUGGGUUUCACAACCCCCGACGACGGAUACGUCUACACCACCCAGCCCGAGAGGAUCUUCUACCACGACAUGACCCCGGACGCCCAGCGCCACGCCAUCGCCAACCUGCACCGCCACCCCAAGCCCUCCUUCCUCGAGCCAGCCCUCCACGAACCCUGGCGCGAGAUCCCCGCCUUCUACCUCUUCUGCGACCAGGACCAGGCGCUGCCCCUGGCCGCGCAGGAGGCCUUCGCCCACACCCUGGGCAACCCCGGCCGCUAUCACGUGGACGCAUCGCACUCGGCGUUUCUGAGUGUGCCGGAGCGUGUGGCCGACGGGCUGGUGCUUGCGCUGCAAGAGGGGUUAGAGAAGACUGGUGCUGGCGCUGGCGCUGGCGCUCCUGGUGUGACUAACCGCGCUAGUCAGUUAUGA